AUUCCACGCCCGCCACUUCAGAAACGGGAAGGGAGAGAGAGAGAGGGAGAGAGAAUGGAGCAUGGUGGCGGAAUGAACGGAAUGAUGGGAGGAGGGGAUAACAUGACGAUGGCGCCUGCCGGCGGGGGUGACAUGCACAUGCAGCACCACAAGAUGAUGAUGCAUAUGACCUUCUUCUGGGGGAAGGAUGCCCUCAUAUUGUUCGACGGCUGGCCCGGCGGCAGCCUCGGCAAGUACCUCGCCUCAUUGGUCAUCGUCUUCCUCGUCGCCCUCUUGAUCGAGUGGCUCUGUUUCUGCGGCCUGGCCCGGCCGAGGAAGCCGAGCCCUGUCACCGGGCUUCUUCAGACCGCCAUAUACACGCUGCGCGUGGGCUUGAGUUACCUGGUGAUGCUCGCCCUCAUGUCCUUCAACGUUGGGGUGCUGCUCGUCGCCGUCGCUGGUCACGCUGUGGGGUUCUUGAUCUUUGGCAGCCGAGUCUGUAAACGGACCAGGGACGACGAUGGGCAACCACCAGAUGUUCUCCCACAUGGAAAAUGCUAGAUGUACCAACGCAGCACAAAAGAACCCUCUCCCUCUUUCUAGGAUUUUAUGCGUCUGCCAUUUCCUUGGCCCAGUGUUCCAGAGCUUGUAAUGAACCAUAUGUGCGUUAAUACAUGGAGAAAAUAAAUAAGUCUCUGUUCAGAUU